AUGAAAGGAAGGAUUGAGGAAUGUGGAGCUGGUGCUAUUGCUGCUGAAGGGGUCCUAUCACGACCAGCAGAAGAAUUUAUGAAUGAUUCCAACAUCGAAGAAUUAUGGCUGAUGAGAGCCAUAGAUCAUUCUGUGGUUCACUUCAAUCUCUUGUGCUCAGUUGACCCAGCACAUCUAAAUUUGAGUUCACAGGAUGAUGUGAUCUAUUAUAAAUUCAGAGAGAAAUUCCCCAAUCUCCGAGUGGACUGUGUUAGUGAUGACAUAUUGAAGAAUGAAGUAGCAAAGGGGGAAUGGAGACAGUUCUGUGAGGGUUUCAAGGGUAUCAUUGAAGACUACAACUUUGCUACCCUGUUAAGGCUGGACAGCAGUGGGGAAUACACUGAAGAAAAUACCACUCUUGUGCCUCGCAUCCAGUUCCUUGCCAUUGAGGUGGCCAGGAAUAGAGAAGGCUGCAACCAUGUGAAGCCACCUCCACAGCCAUGCCAUUCAUGA